AUGAGGAAGGUGAAAGGCAUGAUUCCAGAGGAAAUAAUGAAGGUUUUGAAUAGAGAAAAUCCUCAUAUAAUUCCUCGUGGUCAAAAUGCUUAUGAAGUUCUAGCCAGAUUACGUGUUAAUCAUGGUGGUGAACGUUAUCAAGUCACAAGAAUUGUGGAGGAAGUACUUAAUCGAGUUGGUUUGAAUGUUGGUUUCAUGAAUCGACCUCACUUUGUGUCUGCCUUCCCGCAAGUAGUCCAAAUGACUGAAGUGUCAAGGGGCGUGAAAAAUCCAAAAAUAAUCACAAAGUUUGCAGGAGAAGUUGGAGAGUCGACUACUGAACAUGUCGCUCGAUAUUUUGUUGAGAUUGGAAAUUUAGCUAAUGAUGAGAAUUUGAAAAUGAAGUUUUUUCCUUCUUCGUUAAUGAAGAAUGUGUUUACUUGGUUUUCAAAUCUCACGCCAAAUUUGAUAACGACAUGGAAUCAGUUAGAAACUGCUUUUCACGCUCAAUUUUAUCGAGGGGAAAUGAAUGUGGCAGUUACUGAUCUGGUUGCUUUGAAACAUGAAGAUAGUAAAACUAUUGAUGAUUAUAUAAUACGUUUCAAAAAUGCUAAAAGUAGAUGCUAUGCCCGAGAGUAA